AUCACGCCACACAGUCAGCUGACUCGCGUUGAUGACUGAUGAGUAGUUUCGUGUAAACUUAGCUGUUGGGUCACUUUAUCUCCACGUAGUGAUUAUUUGUUUAAUUAUUUAGUGAGUGAGUGAGUGAGUGAGUGAGUGAGUGAGUGAGUGAGUGAGGAGACAUGUUACGACCGAAGGCCUUAACGCAGGUUCUCAGCCAAGCGAACACAAACGGAGUCCAAAGCACACUGCUCCUGAAUAAUGAGGGCUCACUGCUGGCCUACUCUGGGUAUGGAGACACUGACGCACGAGUGACAGCCGCCAUCGCAAGCAACAUCUGGGCGGCCUACGACAAGAACGGCCACCAGGCCUUCAACGAAGACAAACUCAAAUUCAUACUGAUGGAUUGUAUGGAGGGAAGAGUGGCCAUCACACGUGUAGCAAACCUACUGCUGUGUAUGUAUGCCAAAGAGACGGUGGGCUUUGGAAUGCUUAAAGCCAAGGCAGAAGCACUGGUGCAGUACCUGGAGGAACCAUUGACCCAAGUGGCCGCAUCAUAGGGACGACGUGUGUCACUUCAGUCUGCCUGGAAGUUAAAUGAAAAGCAUCAUGUGAUCCUACAACUCAUCAACUGUGUGUGUGUGUGUGUGUGUGUGUGUGUGUGUGUGUGUGUGUGUG